AUGGUUUCCUUCCAGCAUGGGGAUCCCACAAUCAUCAUUUUGGACACCUUUGUAAGGCAGAGAGGGAAAAAGCAGUGCCCAGCAGCUUGGCAGCUGGGUGUUGCUGGCGGAGAUGCAGGAGGUGCCCACUGCUGGGAUGCGAAAAGGAUGAUGAAGCCGCUGAAGCUUUUUGGAAUGGUCAUCUUCUGUGGGCUGCUCUCUCCCACCCAGGGGGUUCUAUCUGGCCUGUCCUGUGCCGUCAGUCCCAAGGCCACGCAGCAAGCGCUGUCCAAUGCCAUCAUUCAGAACGGGCUUCUCCAGAAGCACCUGCAGGGCCUGGUGCUGCCGAACAUCAUGAGUGACGGGGGUCUGCUGAACUCCCCCACCAUCAUCACGGGGCUGCACCUGGAGAGGUCCCGGAUGCCCACGCUGUCGAUGGAGCUGCUGCCUGGGAUUGGGAUGCAGUUGGUCAUCACCGUGCGCCUGGAUCUCAGUGGCAACUGCUUGCUUGGCCUUCUCUCCGAGGUAAUUGUUAUCUCCGUGGAUGUGACUGUUACCACAAACAUCAAGUGCUCAAGUUUCGAGUCGGGUGCAGUCCAGGUCAUUGCUGAUGACUGCUUCUGCAUUCUUGGUGCUGUAAAGAUCAAGCUGCUCUCUGGUUUGCUGUCCCUGUCAGUGCAUGACAUUGUGCUCAGCCACCUGACAGCAACUUUGCCUGGUUUGCUGUGUCCAGUGAUGGAUAUUGUCUUCAACAUAGUGAACAUCCAGCUCCUGAGCACUCUGGAUGUGGUGAUCCCUGUCGGCUCGAAGGGGACGGUUCACUACCACCUGGCUGGCCCACCAUUCACCUCUGGUUCGUCCCUGAUUAUGGAUUUAGAUGGCACAGUGCAGCAAAUGGGAGGCAGCAUCAUCCCCCACGACUCGUACGCCUCUGCCUUGCCCCCGCUGCUGGACAGGCUGCUGAUCAUCGGUGUACGCCAGAGCUUCCUCAACUCCCUGCUGGCCCUGCUGCUCCAGAUCCAACCACACACCUUCCCCUGCUCGUCAGAAGCUUUCUCUGGAGCCAACCAGCUGAGAGAUUCCAUCGCUGCCCUUUAUCCCACUGGGUGCACCAGCUGCCCUGCGGCCAGUCCUCUGAGCAUCCGUGUGGAGUCUGUGGGGAACCCCAUCCUUCUCUUGGAACCCAACAAAGCCACCGUUGAGCUGUCGGUCCUGCUCCAGGUGUUCAUUAAGCGCCCGGAUGGUUCCAUCAUCAACCUGCUGCUCCUGAAGGCAGACCUCAGUCUGAAUGUCCGCCUGUCGAUCUCCAGGGGCAGCCUGGUGCUGGCCUUCUCCCUGGGCAGAGUUUCCCUCAUCUUACAAUCAUCUGACAUUGGCAUCAGUGAUAUCGCCAACCUGAAGCCACACCUCAUUAAGCUGCUGGUGGAGACCUACGUGCCACUUCUCAAUGCUGCUGCAGCCGUUGGGAUACCCCUGCCUGAUGUGUUCAGAAUUCCUCUGAUAAGGGUGGACUUCCAGAUCUUGUUGGGACUGUUGUUGAUCCUCGUGUGAGCCAUGCACUAUGCAGGCAGCUCUGAAAAGAAAGAGGGAGGAGAUCCGGUCAGGAUGGAGCGUUGGAACCAACAUUAUCAUCUUUCCUUUCCUAAACGUACUGCAAGAUUCUUGGCAAUAUUUAAGGCACUUUAAAUUAAAUUGGCUUACAUGGUACUGAGAUGCUUGCAUAAGCCAACACCAGUUAGGCAGCUCUGUGUAGAAAUAUUUAUUUAGAGAAAUUAGGGCGAAUUAGAGGUCACGGUUGCAGAAGUGGCGUGUGAUGCUGCAGCUAAAGUGUUAAAUUCCUUGAGAAUUUGGUCUUUGGGAAAGUUGUUGUCCGUGUAAUGAAAAAGGGAGAUUUUGCAUGUGGCUCUCCAAUGCGGAUGUCUCCAUCCGUGCUGAGAAAAGUCCAAAGUGCUGAGCAGGAGCUCGGGAUGCGUU